AUGACUCCACUAUUUAUUUUUUUUGAUCUUGUUGCAAUUUUUUCUUUACUUGUUGGAAUAUUUACUUCAUCUCUUAUUUUAUUUAUUAUUGCUCGUAAAUUAAUUCGUCAUCAUAUAAUUACAAAUAUUUUACUUGCAAAUACUUGUAUUUGUACACUUGAAUUAUGUCUUAGUGAUCUUAUUAUUUAUAUUAAUAUCCUUAUGAAUGAUAUUCAAUCAUCAAUUUUUAUUCCAAAUAUUUAUGAUCAACAAAAUCUUUGUCCAAUUCGUUCGUAUUUUCUUUUCACUGGUUUUGCUUUACUCUACACUAGUUAUUGUCUUCAAGCAUAUUAUCGUCUUCGAUUGGUAAUUUUCUAUAGAAAAAAUGAUAAUUAUAAAACAUUUAUUUAUUUAUGUUUAUUUCAAUGGAUUUUUUCAUUUCUUCUUGUAUUACCAAUGUUAAUUACACAAUCAUUUGUUUAUAUUCCAGAAGAUUUUUUUUGUCCAAUUCCAUUUACAAAACCAGUAUCCGUAUUAUAUAUUGCAAUUUGUGUUUAUGGAAUUUUCUUAAUAGUUUUUACUUCAAUUUAUUUUUCGAUUUAUAUUUAUGCUACAAGAAUAACAAUGAUUACACUUAAACGUCGACGAAUAAUUAAUCGACAAUUAACAAUGCUUAAACGUAUUAUAUUACCAGCAUGUUCACUUUUAUUUCUUGGUAUUGUUUAUUUAUCACUCUUUACUCAAACAAUAAUUAAUCAAUAUCAAACACAUUUUCUUACCUAUCGUCUUAGUUAUCUUUUUAUUGCUAUUGGAAUGAGUUUUAUUCAUAUUAUUACAAUUUUACAAACACCAUCAAUAAAAGCAGCUGUACAUAAUUUAUUCUAUAAUAUGAAACAACAAAUAUGGAGAAACGAAGAAAAUCGAAAUAAUGUUAUAUACAAUUCAAGUAUAAUUACUGAAUGUCAACAACGAAAACAAGAAGACUCAGCAAGUGUUAAUUUGCAAGGAAAUAAUUCUGAUUUAAUAAAUGGACAAAAUACAAUACCAAUUCAAAUGAGUAUUACAAAAGAAGAGACACUUUUAAAAAAGACAGAUAUAGAAAAUAAUUUUAUAGAAUAA